AGCGACGGCAAGUUGCGGUGUCCCACGACCAGAAAGCAGGGGAAUACUCCUGCGUUUCUUCAACGCAAUUUCUUCUCUAUAUCUGGUCAUCGGUCGUCGAACAAAUCACCCGCAGAAUAGCGGAGUCUUAGCGAGAGGGAGAGGAAAAAGGAAAAAAGAGAGCGGAACGAAAGAUGCAGAUAUUCGUGAAGACGCUGACCGGGAAGACGAUAACGCUCGAGGUCGAGAGCAGCGACACCAUCGACAAUGUCAAAACCAAGAUCCAGGACAAGGAGGGGAUACCCCCAGAUCAGCAAAGGUUGAUUUUUGCUGGGAAACAGUUGGAAGAUGGUCGAACCCUAGCUGAUUACAAUAUUCAAAAAGAGUCAACUCUUCACCUGGUUUUGAGGCUUAGGGGUGGAACGAUGAUUAAGGUGAAGACCCUUACCGGAAAGGAAAUUGAAAUUGACAUUGAACCAACUGACACCAUUGAUAGGAUCAAGGAAAGGGUUGAGGAGAAAGAAGGCAUUCCACCUGUCCAACAAAGUUGGAUGGCAGGGUCCAGGAUUUCGGUUUGCAAACUCUACUGGAAGUCUUAUGCAUUUGAACUCUUGAGCCAUGUGAUGUGUACAAAGGGAUGGCAGAAAAUGUCCCAGUUCAUACUCUUUUCAUUAUGAGGAUGCUAUGGCUUGGUCUUCUUCUUCUUCUAUUUAGAAAGGCUGAUAUAUGCAGGCAAGCAGCUAGCUGAUGAUAAAACUGCUAAGGACUACAACAUUGAGGGUGGUUCUGUCCUCCACCUCGUUCUUGCUCUGAGGGGUGGUUGCUGGUAGUACUGGCUUCUAUGUAAACCAUUUAGUGAGAAGCCAACCAUAUAUUUUGGCAAUCUGUUGCAAGAGAUUCUUGAGACUAAAUGUCUGAUGCUUUCUGUCAAAAGACACUAGUUAUUGUAAAUGUUUGCUUGAAAUAACAAGGAAAACGCUUCUACCGUA